AUGCGUGAUCACCAUGGAGAGAGAGUUGUUGUCACUGCAGACAACUCAACUCAUCCAGUAGCCAAAGAAGGUGACGUGACCAUUGACGUUGUCGGAAAUCCAUCAACCAAAAGUGUCAAGUUGCAUGAUGUUUACCACGUUCCAGAUUUGAUAGGACCGACUAGAACACCGAGCUGCAGCAGUCAUUGCUAUGUUAUGGUGUUGGUGGAUGAUCACUCAAGGUUCACUUGGGUGAAAUUUUUGAAAGAAAAGAGUGAGGCUCUGUCCAAGUUUAUGGAGUUCAGAGAUGCUGUUGAAAAGAAGUUCGGGAAGAUAAAGUGCCUCCGCAGUGAUAAUGGUGGAGAAUACAUGUCAGAUGCUCUUUAUAUAUUGCGAAGACAAUGGCAUUCAACGACAAAUGACUUGUCCAGACACUCCUCAGCAGAACGGUGUAGCGGAAAGAAAACUAGUUCAUCUCACCUCAGUUUGUCUUUCAUGGCUGCAUGA